AAAUUAUAUUUUGUACCCCUCAGAAAAUUAAAAACAAUCUCCAUACUGGUUUUACUUUCUUCUCUCUCUCUCUCUCCCCCGCCCCUUUGGAGAAGACAGACAGGAGAGGAGCACUCUCACUGCAAAUUAAAGAGCAACAAAGAGAUAGAAAAGGAGAGGAAGAGAAAGAUAGAAAGAGGGACGACAGCUUCAGAAACAGCAGCAGCAGACACACAGAUUAAGAGAGAGAAAGAGAGAAAAAAAAAAAGAAUUCAUCAGUCUGGGGUGGGUUCUUUUUUAUCUUUCUUUCCAUUUGAUUUGAUUAAUAAUAUUCUUUGCUUUCACAAAUCCCAUGGAAGGGAAGAAGAAAACGAUGUCUGAAAUCUUUGCACUCCUUUACAAACUGCAAGCGUAAGAUCGAGAUUUCUGCAGGAUUCGUCUGCUGGACGAGCCCCUCAUUACCAGGUCUUUACACGAUCCAUUAAUUAGCAGUGUCUGAUUGAAGACGAUGAAGUUAUCAGGGAUAUGGGAAUAGCAACACCGCCGCUCCGUUCUCACGAUUCUCGUCCUCAAUCGAUCCAAAAUCAUCAGCAAAAUUCGACAUCAAAUUCUAUGUCCCAGGAUUAUCAUCAAGGUAUCUUCAAUUUCUCGAAUGGAUUCGAGAGAUCGCAGCAGGAGCAGCAGCAACAGCACAUAGCGCAGCAGAUCCGCCGCGAUAAACUUAGGGUUCAAGGCUACGAGGAGCCACCGCCGCCGCCGCUAGUCGGAAUUGAAGAGGAGGAAGAAUCUGCCGGAAUUCCGGCCUACGAAACUGCCGGUAUGCUGUCGGAGAUGUUCAAUUUUCCAUCAGGCGGCGGCGCCGCCGCCGGCACCGCCACGGAAUUACUCGAGAACCAAAUUAUGCAGAGCUACCGAAAUUCGCGAGGCCCACCGACGGCCGAUUGGUUCUCCCACCGGCAAGGGAUGAUGGCCGGCGGCAAUUUGGGCGAUUCCAAAAACCAGACCGCCGUCGUCAGCGACGCCGCUCAUCAUCAACAUCACCAUCAUAUUUCGAGCAUUAAUGCCGAUUCAGCAGCAGCUGCAGCCAUGCAGCUUUUUCUAAUCAAUCCACAGCAGCAGCAGCAACGGUCACCGUCUCCAUCUCCAUCCCAGCCUCCCUCCACUCUCCACAUGCUGUUGCCAAACCCGAACCCGAAUCCAAACCCAAACCCGAAUCCGGCUACUUCUUCCUCCACUCUUCAAGCCUUGCAGUCGGAAGCCCCCGGAGGGCACUUCGGUCAAUUCACAUGGAUCCCCAACAAUGGAAGCGGCAGCAACCCUAAUGACUUACCAGGAAUCGUGGAAGGGCAAGGUCUUUCUUUAUCCUUAUCUUCCUCGCUGCAGCACCUGGAGGCCGCCAAGGCUGAGGAAUUGAGGAUGGGAGAAGCUGGAGGAAUGCUGUUCUUCGGCCAUGGCGGAGGGUCAACCCCUCAACAGUAUCACUUCAAAAACUUGGGCGGCGGCGGAUUGAACCAGAACCACCCGUUCGGAUCUUCAUUCGGGACAGUAAAUCUCCUGCGGAAUUCGAGGUACGCCAAGGGUGCGCAGGAAUUGUUGGAAGAAUUUUGUAGCGUCGGUAGAGGUCAAAUCAAGAGAAACAAAAUCAAUAAGCAGAAUAACACCACCACCACCACCGGCGGCGGCGCUGCCACCAACGCAAACCCUAAUUCAAAUCCAACCCCCGGCGCCGGAGGGAAUUCCGAUUCUUCUCCGAAGGAUACUCCUCCUUUAUCAGCUGCUGACAGGAUCGAACAUCAGAGGAGAAAAGUCAAACUACUAUCGAUGCUCGAAGAGGUGGAUCGGAGGUACAACCAUUACUGCGAGCAGAUGCAAAUGGUGGUGAACUCGUUCGACAUGGUGAUGGGAUUCGGGGCAGCGGUGCCGUACACGUGUCUAGCCCAGAAAGCGAUGUCCCGCCAUUUCCGGUGCCUGAAGGACGCCAUCGGCGAGCAGCUGAAGCACAGCUGCGAGGUUCUGGGAGAGAAGGAGCUGGUGGGGACAUCCUCGGGGGUGACGAAAGGCGAGACGCCGAGGCUGAGACUUCUGGAACAAAGCCUGAGGCAGCAGAGAGCUUUCCAUCAAAUGGGAAUGAUGGAGCAAGAAGCUUGGAGGCCUCAAAGGGGUUUGCCCGAACGCUCUGUCAACAUUUUGAGGGCCUGGCUUUUCGAGCAUUUCCUGCACCCGUACCCGAGCGAUGCAGAUAAGCAUCUGCUAGCCCGACAGACUGGUCUCUCAAGAAACCAGGUCUCCAACUGGUUCAUUAAUGCCAGGGUUCGUCUGUGGAAACCCAUGAUCGAAGAGAUGUACCAGCAGGAAGCCAAGGACCAGGGACUCGACGACGAUGCCCAGGACCUGGACCACAGCUCCACAAGCGGACAAACUCCAGCGCCGCCGCUCCCCGCCACCACCGCCGCCGCCGAAAACGACCACUCCUUCACCGGAAUUAAUAGGCAGGGCUUCUCGGAUAACCAGGCCAGCAAACUGUCCCAGAACCCCAUCUCCGGCGGCAGCGCUGCCGUCUCGUUGAUGCAGCCUAAACCCGCCGCCUCCAUCGCGGCGGCGCAACCUGUACCAGAUCAACAGGAGGUUGCAGGUGAGCCGAACCGCUACCAUCCGAUCCAUACUGACAUGGAAUCCACGGUUAUAAGGUUUGGGACGUCCGCCGGCGACGUGUCUCUCACUCUAGGGUUACGCCACGCCGGAAAUUUGCCGGAGAAGGGCCCCUUCUCCAUUCGGGAAUUUGGGGGCUGCUGAUCAUUAAAUAUUAUUAAAGGGAUUCCGAAACGACGUUUCUUAAUUAUAGCUUUUGUCGGAGUUGAUCAAAUUAGUCUUUUUAUUUUUUUUUGAAUUUCUUGUCUGUCUUUAUUAUUAAUUAGAUAAACACAUAAAUUAGAAGGAAGAAACUAAUGUUAGCAGAUUAUUACGAGGUUUUAUUGUAAUUGUAAAGUUAAAAUUUUUGGACCUCAUUCAUAUUUCCCCACUAUAUAUAUCACUGUCUAUUAAGUUUAUAAGCACAA